AUGAAUAUCACCAUACCUCUCCACAUCCGCAUUGUGGUAUAUGCCAAAAAAAACUUCAAAAACAGAUACGUCCGUUACAGUCUUGCGCUCUUCCAGCUGAGCUAUCGAGAGAUUUCGGCGACUGACAGCGGUAGGUUCUACCAGGCGAUGAACGAGAACCUUAAUCUGCUUCUCGAGGAGCUGAGCUGUCUCAACAUCAUUAUGCUUCCGAGCGCAGUAGAUCAUUGCCUUUCGGAACAUCUGAUUGAUCUUUGGGGCCGUAUUUCUUAUUCUUCGAGUUGUGCAUGGGCAGCAUUUAGAAGCACUGGAACAGCAUUAUCUCCGCGCCACCUUGAUGCCAUUCACCCGCAUAGCAUGGACGGCACACUGUCCAUAGUCGCUCAGUAUGGGCGGAAUCCAUUCGGUCCUAUGGUCGACGACUGCUGUCCUAGCAAAGACUCGCAAGCAAGAGGCGAGCCUCUGAUCGACAUUGGAAGCGAUGCGCUCUCGAGAGUCAAGAGCGCCGACACACAGGCCUGGCGCAUCUACGUUCCUGGUGAGAAAGGCGCAAAACACCUCAAAAAGCCAGAGCCCAGGCGAAACACGAAGCAACGAAACCGCAGUGUACGAUCUUCUGCCAGCCCCAUAAUCGUCAGUGCGCCACCAACAUCACAAACAGCUCUCAUUGCCUCACGCCUCGCUCAUGCUAUCACAGCGAUCAACUCCGAAUUUUCCUGGAUUGCGGUCGGUCCCAGUUUGAUUGGCAAAGACAAGGUCUUUGACAUUGCUGCACUCGCAUGCAGCCAGGCUUGCGAGUAUUAUCUACAAAAAAGCUCUGGCGUCAAUGACGAAGCGCUGCACCGUGCUGCCCUUGACAAUUACGAUCUUGCUGUUUCGCGUCUGCGGAUAAAGCUAGGCAGCAACACUUCCCGGAAGGACGGCCUUGACUUUGCAGCAGCCACCUCAGGUGCACUGUCGACUGCUGCGUCCAUGAUUCGAGUGCAUGACCAUAGGAACAAGACUAUUGAUGGCGAAGAGGGCUACAUCCACUACGAUGCGCUAUCCAGAUACUUGGUUGUAGAUGCUGCGAUGACUCGCGCUCCAAGCGCCAUACACAGGGCCAUCUUUCAUGACAUCAUUCGAUACAAAUACUUCCGGGCCUGUUCUUUGGGGACGCUUGAUAGUGCACCUGAGUUUCCACGCAAGUAUCAAGCUUACUGGGACUUGAUGUCACCAUACAGCUUCGGGACCAGGACCGAGUACUGGGGCAGGCUGCAGUCGUCAUGCCAGAAGAUUGAUGCCAGACUUCCAGAUCUGAUUCAGUACGUGCAAAAGCUGAGGCAAGGCAGCGAUGUGUCUUCGUUCGAAGUUAUCGGCCUUUCCCAGCAUCUCUUAACAUUACAAGAUAGAGCGGCGGAAGACGUAGCGAAAGCUAUCGGCAAAGUCGUUGACACCCAGGAUGAUUGUUCGAUCCUGCCCAAGGCUUUUGACUUCACGGGAUGUUGCCAUUGGCCAUUCUUGGUACACUACUGGCCACUUGCUAACUUUGCACCUUUCGCUCUUUGUAGGCGCUACUUCUCACCAUUACUCACCUGUCUUUGGAAGAGCAUCGGAUGCUCAACUGCCUUUCUGACCAGCAGCCAAGAACAUUCUCAUGAGCAUACCACAUGCAAUGAAGGGUGGGUAUGGGCAGCUGAUCCACAAAUUGAAGGUCUGCAGACCGACAACUUGAGAGAAUGGAUCCUAGACACUUUGAGAAAUGGCAUUGGCGUCGGCUUCGCACAAGGAUGGACUGCUGCUGAUCUCAAGCAGAGAGCUGGACUUUUCGCAAUGACUCCUACUGGACUUGAUGAUAUUUGGUGCUGCAAGCAACUGCGCAGAUGAAAAUCGAGUUGACGUCGUGCUCGCACCACGCCUCACACUCCAAGUCUGGGAAAUAGCUUCAAGCCAAUUUUCUCGCAAAUCUUCGGCCUUGAAGUCAUCCUGUCGUUCAAGCUAGACCAUGAAGCUUCCACUUGGCGCAUUCGGACAAUCUGUGCCGAACAACUGAAGCUUGGUCCUCCGCAUCGCCUCUAAGCAAUUGCAUCAAAGCUUUGAUCCGCAUCGGAGAGCUCGACAGCGCGGUAUCGAAGCAGAAAGUUCGUGCCUCGGCUAGAACAUCCUCAGUACUCCUACCCGCAUUCGUUGGAGGUGGAGCGUUCACCAUCAGCCUCGCAGGUCUAUCGAUGAUGUAUGGCAGAUCGCCACCAGAAUGACUGAGGAUAAUCUUGCAAUUCGGAGCGUGGUCUCGGAGCAUGUUGG